AUGGAGACUAGCAAAAUUUCUCCCUCGUGGCUUGUUCUUAUUACCGUUUUAUUUUCUUUGGUUAUCGUCAGCUGCAAUGGAAGUAGCACCGAUCAAAAGGUAUACGUGGUUUACAUGGGCGAUCGCCCGAAAGGCGAGUUCUCUGCAACAUCACAACACAUGAGUAUGCUACAAGCAACCCUCGGAAGCCAAAGAGCGAAAGAUUCUUGGCUUCAUAGCUACAAGAGAAGCUUCAACGGUUUUGUUGCAAAGCUCACCGAGGAAGAGAAAAACAAAAUUGCUAGUCUCGAUGGAGUGGUCUCGAUUUUCCGUAGCACGAAGAAACAGCUUCACACAACAAGAUCGUGGGACUUCCUGGGCUUCCCUUUGAAUGUCCAAAGAGCUACAACCGAAAGCGACGUUGUCAUCGGAAUGUUGGACACCGGCAUUUGGCCCGAAUCCGCUAGUUUCAACGAUACAGGCUACGGCCCACCGCCAAGCAAAUGGAAAGGCAGUUGCCAAUCCUCGUCUAACUUCAGUUGCAACAAGUAA